AUGGACGGACGCAGGCAGCAUGCCGAGCGUGGAGAACGGCGACGGGUGGCUCGAGCAGACACGGCAUGUGGGCUCGUCGGCGCUCGACGGGCUGCGUGGCGCUGUUGCGAUGCGUCGGCCACGGCACGGGCGAGUUCGGCGGCGGGCGGCGCGCGCAAGGCCGCGGUGUGGUGGCGAUCGCGAGGCCGGACUAGGAUGCGGCGGACUGGAGAGGGCCACUACGUAGCCGAGUUCGGGGACCGGAUCGAGGGCGAGGAUGAUGAGGUUGCGGUGGAAGCGGCCGGAAAUCUUGUGAAGUUGAGCGAGCUCGGGAACCUUCCAAGUCCAUUCAAGAAUGGGACUGAACUUUACAGGGGAAAAAAAACUAUGAAGAAAAUUGAAAUUACCCCUGAAAUAACAAAUCUUUUUUUCCAAAACCGGCAGGACGCAACUCGCAAUAGACGACGACGCGGCCACGCGGGCGGCGCCGCGGUGGCCGGCGGGUGCAGCGAGGGGGAGGGCCAAUCCGCCAAGGUAGGCGGCGGGCUGCUGGACAACGCGCGCGAGAUCUUGCUCGACAUCGCGCUCCCGCGGGACGACACGAACGUGCACAAGCCACAAGGGGAGGCUGCACUUUUCAUGAUGGAGGCACAAUCUUCAUCUUGGCCAGACCUCCAGCCAGAACUCUUGGGACUUGUCCUAAUGCGGCUUCCCUCCUUAGCUGAUCGUGUUCGACUAAGGGCAGUGUGCCGCCCAUGGUGCUCCAAUGCUCUGUUGCAGCUACUGCCACCUCCGCUUCCAUGGCUCACCCUGCUUGACGGAACCUUCCUGACAAUCCCAGAUGGUAAAAUUAUCAGAAUGCUGGGAUCAGAUGAUGCCCGUUGCUGUGGUUCUGCUAAUGACUGGCUCUUCUUUGUGCAUCAUGAUGGUGGGUGCUCAGUGAUGAACCCUUUCUCCAAGGCCACACGGAACCUUCCUAAGCUAGACAUCAAGUGGUUCAAUGCAAGCUCCAGCUAUAAUUCUUAUUUUACUAAGCUGGCAGUGCCCUCGCCCAUGGAAUCAUCACCAGGUUCCCUUGUUGCUGCGUUGAUCUUGGGCAGUGGCCGUACAAUUCGUAUAUUCCAGCAAUCAAUUGGAACCUACUUGGCCAUAGAGAGCAACCUCGGUCGUUUUAACCACCUUUCUGAUAUUGCUUUCUUUAAUGGGAAGUUGUAUGGUGUUGAUCUUCGCUGCGAGCUCUCAAUAUUUGAGAUUACUUAUGGCCUUGAUAGUGAGCCGACGAUAUCAUCUGUCAAAUGCAUAACUAGGCCUACUAAAAGACUUGCACUGCCCCAACCUUUGCCCCAUGGGAAAUUGUACAUGCAGAUGAGUUAUCUAGUUGAAUGUUGUGGUAGACUAUUGAUGGUGAUACGGAUGGUUCAGUGGGAUUGUGCAUUAAGUCAUGGCCCCAGUCAGGGUGACCGCACUGUGGCAUUUGAGGUCUUUGAGGCAGACUGGAGCACCAAACCAGGCCAAUGGAGAUUUGUCUCUAAGUUGGGUGGCCAGGCACUCUUUGUUGGGAAGCAUUGCUCCAAGUCUUUCCCAGCUGGAGGGUGCACUGGAAUUCAAGAGGACUGCAUACACUUCAUGUGUGACUACUGUCCAGCGGGCCUUGCUGUUGACCCUCUUCGUGACUCUGGUGUGUACAACAUGAGAAAUGGGAUCAUCACUCCUUUGUUAUCAGAGACUGCAAUUACUCCGCAGCAUAGUGGUGGUCAGGGGCACCCAACGUGGAUAUUCCCUCGUGAUGCUAUGUAA